CAAACCACUCUUUUUUUUUUUUUUUUUUUUUUUUUAGGAACUUUAGUUGUUCUUGUUUUCUGUGAUAAUAAUGGCGUCUUCGAGUGUUGAGGGAGACAAGUAUCGUUCCUUCAUACAUGGAGAAGGGGAAAAGAACACCAAGUGGAGAUAUGGUGCUCCUCCUAACUAUGAUGUUGUCAACAAGCUCUUUGAAGAAGGCAGAACUAAGAUAUGGCCUCCUGGAUCACUUGAAGAAAAAGUUCAGAACCUUGUCAAGACAUGGGAAAUGGAAGUGUUCCAUAAGGCAUGUUUUGAUGACUGCAAGACGGUGGUCGAUCCAAAGAUUUUUACUAGUAGUGUCAAUGGAAGGAAACCACUAACCUUGGAAGAAAAGCGCAAGAUCGGGGGAGGUUAUAACAACUUUAUGCAAACUUCCUUACCGGAGAAGUUAAGAGGCUACAAUCCGGCAGAGGAAACUGUAGAUUCUGCUCAUGUUGCUUUCACAACAGCGUUCCCCAGAGGGUUUGCUCUGGAGGUUCUCCAGGUGUAUUCAGGGCCUCCAGUGAUUGUAUACAAAUUCAGACACUGGGCAUAUAUGGAAGGUCCUUUCAAAGGCCAUGCUCCAACUGGAGAACUAGUAGAAGUCUUUGGAAUGUCGAUUUUCCAUGUGAAUGAAGACAUGAAGGUCCUGAAAGUAGAGUUCUUCUUAGACCGUGGAGAAUUACUUGGAGGUCUCAUGAAGGGUGCUAUCUCGAGUGAAGGGUCUGAAAAGGUGACUUUGAGCUGCCCUUUCUUGAGGAACACUGGAUAGAGAAAAUGUUUUCCAUAGCCAAAAUAUAUUUCAGUAUUCAUGCUUGUAUUCCCACCCUGUUGAAACUUCAGGAUGAAGCUCAAGGACCUUUCUUGAGUUUUCUUCCUAAAGAAAUGUAUUUCUGAUGUUCUACCAUAUCUGAGGAAAUAAGAUUAUUAUCAUAUC